AUGAAAUAUGUCAACGAGGUGCGACAUGCCCCAAAACAGCGAGCUCAGCUUGCGCACGAGGCGAGCAAUCUGUAUGCCUUGCUCACAACUCUUCGCUUUCGAGUGGAAGACGCUCCUACAAAUGAACCAUGGUUCUAUCAGAUCAAACUUCUAGCGGUUCGAGAACGGAUUGAUUUUUCAAACAAGUUGAAAGACCUGCUAUGGAAAUUCAAGAAGGCGGAGAUUGAUGAAGUGCUCGGUCGGAUAGAGUGUCUGAAGUCACCGACCAACCUCGCUUUGACCAACGAUCUCGUGAUUCCGACCCAGUCCGUCACGAGUGAUCUAUCCGAAACGGCACAAACCAUGAACGCCUUGUGUCUCGAAUCUGAGAGUCAAUGGCCGUCGAAUGAGGCAAAUGCUUUCGACCUCCCUAAAACACUAGACGAAACAUACGAGAGGAUACUGCGCAUGAUCGAGACGAAUGAUCAGCUGAAUGACGCCGUGCGUAUUCUUCAAUGGCUUUGCUUCGCCAAGGCCCCGCGAAGUCUGAAAUCGUUGAUGGACGUGCUUGCUACCGACGUAGAAGGUAACGGCCGCUUCUUGGUGGAGGAGCGACUUCCGGACCCUUACGACAUCGUUACUAUCUACUCUAGUCUAGUUGCGAUUCAAGAGCAAGACGCCCAAAGUAUCCGAUCGUUUGAUCCCAUCCUGGAUCUCGAGGACCCUAUCAUUGAAUUGGCACAUUUUUCGGUCCAGGAGUAUUUGCUGUCUGACCGCUGUUUCUCACACAGUUUCUUCUCUACAAACGCAGGUUAUACAUUGAUGGCUGAAAUAUCAUUGAUUUAUACGCUUCAUCUGUGCCACGAGGCUCUCCCUCGGGAUGGAUCUCAAACUGCGGACGGGAAACGGAAUGCAAGGUCAGAUCUGAAUCUUAUGCACGCCACCGAUACAGAUUUGCGACGGGAGUCGCUCACGUUGUGGCCAACUAAUCUCUGCAUGUUUGUCAAAAUCAUCGCAACCCUGGAGAUUCAGUUUUACUCUCGGGGCAUGGUUGCAGCUGAGCGGCACGGAGCUCGAUUCGAUGCGGCGUGCUUUGGGGGCAGUGUCGAAAUCUUCAGAGCCCUUUUCGAGGCCGAUGAUAGUUUGCUGACCAAGGUCGCCCCCAAGUUGCUAUCUCCAGUGUCCGAGGGUCUCCGGUACAAAAUAGCAGGAUGGCGAGAUAUCGAACUUGCAGGGGAAGAAAACUUAGCCGACCAUGGUCAGGUCGUACGUCUGCUUUUGUCCCAUUGUCUCGAUGAAUACCAAGGCCUCUCAUAUGCUUAUGACGGUGCACACGCUGAGUUAUUAGAUCUGCUCUAA